AUGAUCCCCACGGCGAGCAUCGGCGCCUGGCGCCUCUGCGACGCUUGGGUGGAGGAACGUCACCGCUGCUGAGGAAUAUCGCCUUCUGCUUGACCACCUGCGGCUUAGUGGCCUUUUUCGUGGGACUCUGCAAGCAGCCCUUGAUUUUGGGCUACUUGCUGGGCGGGGUGCUGGUGGGGCCCAAUUUGGGCCUGGAACUGGUGCGAAGCCAUGAGUCGGUGGCGGAGAUCGCCAACCUCGGCUUGGUCUUUUUGCUGUUCAUGAUUGGACUGGAGUUAGAUGUGAAAGAGAUCUUACGGAUGGGCCGUGUGGUUCUAAUCACGGGUGUUUUACAGUUCCCGGUGUGCUUUGGCGCGCAAUACCUCUUUUUCGUGGCCGUCGAGAGUGCUGGCUUAAAGCUCGGCUCCGGCUCCUAUGCUGCCAUGUAUUGUGCCUUAGUCUGUGGCAUCUCUUCCACCAUGAUCGUGGUGAAGCUGCUCUCAGAGAAGGGCGAGACCGACCGGCCGAAUGGCCGGCUGACGGUGGGCAUUCUGAUCUUUCAGGAUAUUUGGGCCAUGGUUUUCUUGGCCAUACAGCCAAAUUUAGCGAGCCCUGAUCUCUUGACACUCUGCAAACAGUUCGGGAUGAUCUUCGCCUUGAUCGUCUUGGCUUUGUCCUAUGCCAAGUUUGUGAUGCCGGCAGUGCUGUUCUUCGCAUCCAAGAGUGUGGAGCUCAUGUUGGUGCUCUCCUUGUCUUGGUGUUUCUUCAUGGGUGUCACCGCGCAGCUGCCCUGGGUGGGCGUGGGAAUGGAGCUGGCCGCCUUGAUUGCCGGUGUAGCGCUGGCCACGUUCCCCUACAGCGCGGAGUUCAACGGGAAGAUCAAGUAUAUCCGUGACUUCUUCAUCACCCUCUUCUUCGCGGCGUUGGGGAUGCAAAUCCCUGUACCUUCCAUGAAGCCCAUCUUCACCGCCUUGUUGGUGGCGCUCAUCGUGCUGAUCUUCCGGUGGUUGGGCAUCUUUUCUUUGGUCUAUAUGUUGGGUGGCACUCCACGCCUGGGCAUUCUGGCGACCUUGAACCUCUCUCAGAUCUCGGAGUUUGCGCUGGUGAUCUGCUCCCUCGGUAUGGGCUAUGGACACAUUGAUGCCUCCACGCUGGAGAUCAUCAUCUGGGUCUUCAUGAUCCUUUCGAUUUUCUCCUCCAAUCUCAUCAACUACAACCACCAGGUGUACCAAUCCAUAGCCUGGCUCUCGCGGAAGAUCUGCAAGAAGGGCCUGUCGGUGGACGAUGCGGAACCCACGCACGAGGACGACCGAGAUAUCCUCAUGCUGGGUUUCCACCGCAUUGGCUCGAUGCUCAUCGCGGAGUUCGAGCACCACGCGCCCAAGCUGCUCCGCAAGCUUCAGGUGGUGGAGUUCAACCAAUCCAUCAAGGAGCCCUUGCUCCGCCGUGGGGUGAAAUUCAGCUUCUCGGCGCGCACGGCCGACGCGCCGGCCGACGCAGCCGGCCGAAGCUAUGGCGAUUUCUCCUCUGCCGAUGUCUUGGAGCAUUGCUUCCACGGGGAGCCCAAGAUCAUCAUCUCCACCACCCCGGACACGAUGCUCCAGGGCACCACCAACAUGAGGAUCUUAAAGGUCGCCAUGAGCGUGUGGCCGAAGGCACACAUCAUCGUCACGGCCGACAACCCUGAGCAGGCCUCGGAGCUCUACGAGGCGGGUGCACACUACGUUCUUCGAUCGGCCAAGCUCUGCGCCGAGCGGCUGUUCGAGCUCUUGAACAAGUACCAGACGGACGCCGGCAUGUCGGACUUGAAAAGGCGCUUCGACAAGUACAAGCGACGGGAGAACGACGACAAGAGGAACUUCGUGGCACUCAAGGUCUGA